CGGGCAGAGGGCCAGCAUGGACGAGGACUUCUCCUCCCAGAUGAAGAAGGUGGCCUUGGCCAUGGGCACGUCCCUGUCGGACAAAGACAUAGGCCUGCUGCCCACGGACGUGAGGCACCACGGAGCCUUCAACUACCUCAAGUUCUUCGAGCACAUGCAGAAGUUCCAGGCCUCGGGGCAGCUGGAGGGCGCCAUCCGCCAGGCCUUCCAGACGCUGGACAAGGACAAGAGCGGCUUCAUCGAGUGGAACGAGAUCAAGUACGUCCUGUCCACCAUCCCCAGCAGUGGGCCCGCCGCCCCGCUGACGGACGAGGAGGCCGAGGCCAUGAUCCAGGCGGCCGACACCGACGGCGACGGGAGGAUUGACUUCGAAGAAUUCUCCGACCUGGUCAAAAAGGAGAAAAUUCCGAAGAAGAAGUAGCCCCAGGCCCACCCGACCAGCGAGGGGCCCUGAGGGGCAGCGGGUCCGCGUGCCCGCGGAGAAGGCCGA